UGGGCAAUCAACUUUUCUACAAAAAUCUUGAGGAGUAGUGACCACAUGAGGAGACCAGAGCACCUCUUUUGAUUGGGUUUGGAGUGAAGGACUUUUUUCCUAGAAAGCACAUACUUAUUUAUAAGCAGGAGCGAUAAACAACAUGGUGCUUAUGUAAUCGUAAGGGUUCUUGCUACAACCUCUCCAGUAGUAGACUCUCUUCGGCACGAUAUCCUGAGACGUUCAUCUUCAAGCCAACGAAGCGACCCUACCUUUUCUCGCGCAAUCGAAAAGAGAGCUCCUUCAGAGGACUCGUUUACAACCGUCCAGAUUCGAAGAGAAAUCUGUCAGCUGAAGCUAAGUCAGAGGAAUCGCGUGUCGGACAUCUCUUCCCUACUUCGACGACUGCUCUACCUGAGGACGCUGGCAUAGGCCACGCCUCAAAUACUCGUUCGUUGGCAAGAUGAUAACCCGAAACUUAACUUCGACGUACAUGAAGUACAGGGCCGACCACAAACAGAAGAAAAACAGAUUCGCUGGCUCAUUCCUCACCGAAAAUACGAGUGCGCGGUUACUCUCGAACCAAGCGGGACAAUCCGGCGGAUCAUCUUUAUGAUACGAAGCCUCGUAGACGUAAAGAUGCUAGUAAUUCUAGAAGAUAGUUGUUAGUGGAUACUCAUUUCCCUUUCCCUAGAAGAGUUCUUGUUCUGGUACUCCUGCUACAAGCUCGGAUAGUCAUUGUCAUAGUCCUUUUUCAUACAAGAGUUCCUCUUCUCGGUCACCUGGACGCGGCGCCGAUGAUGACAUCGAGAUGGAUGUCCUUCCGCCUCAAUGGAUGGACGUAGUUGGCGAAACGCAGGACAACCUCACUAAAAUUCGUGAGAAGCUCACCAAAUUGCAGCAGGCACAGCAGAAACGACUGCGACAGGUGCAUCAAUGUCUUUCUCCUUCUCUUUCUCUUUGUUUCUCUUUCUCUUUCUCUUUCUCUAGUUGGAGCUCCACUGGACUUGUUGCAUGGUUGGUUUUUCUCCACACGAUCGUCGUGCUGCUGUUCUUGCUUAUUCAGAUAUUGAAGAAGAAGAUCAAGAUGGUUGUAAGAACUACUUUUACGAAAUCAACAAAAUUCACAACCCCGUUGUUAACCCAGGUAUUUGCGCCAGAUAGCGAUACGCCGGAUCGUGAAAUCGAGGUGAUUUCAACACAGAUAAGUGCUUUGUUCCGAACAUGCGAGGCGCAAGUGCGUCUUAUCCAGACGAAGGGAGCUGAUCUCGGUAUCAAACCACUUCCUAUUUCUUGCACUUCCUGAUCGCUUAGUACGGAUGUCGUGGGUAUGCGUAAGUAUGAUGUAGGUACAUGUAGUUUACAACAUCAAGUGCGAGAUAUCGUAGUUCAAGUUCAUCUUCAGUAACAUCAUCAAGCGCGAGGACCCAUCUUCACCGGUGAAAGAAAGACACUAAUAGUUCUCUUUCUACUCACGAUGCUAGGUAUAACUAAUAAGGAAUACGUAUUGCGGCAGAACGCGCAGCGGAAUCUAGCGACGCAAUUGCAGAACUUGUCCGGAGAAUUCCGUAUGUGCCAGAAGAGCUACCUUGCAGGCCUCAAAGGGCGAUCCAACAACCCAGAUAUGCUCUGGGACGAUCCUAAGUAUCUUUCACUCUUUGAUCCGGUCGUCUUAUGGGUGUGGGAGAUGCAGAUACAGAUGAUAUUACUUCUAAUCUAAAUAAUAAAUCUUCCGCGCCUUGUUCGCCUUGACAUAUUUGUCAUUGUCCACGUCUAUCGUUGUACUUCUACUUCAGUAUUUUUAGUUCGACUUCUUCGACCUUCGCCUUCCCCAAAGCCAUUGUGGUGUCCAACUCGAUCUCGACUGGUGCACCAACUUCCCACCUCCUCCAGCGACCGCGGCAGCAGUCUACAGCAGCACGCUGGCCAGCUCACAGACGGACAGCUUUUACAGCUGGAGGACGUGGAAUUCAAUGUGACGCAUAGGAACGAGGAGAUCAAGAAGAUUGCGCAGAGUGUUACGGAACUCCACACGCUUUUCAAAGAAAUGGCGGCCUUGGUUAUAGAUCAAGGAACCAUGCUCGACCGGAUUGACUACAUUAAGAACUGUAGCACUUCUUGCACUUCCUCAUCGAGUCGUGUCGUUGCCGUAUGAUGCAGCUGAGUCGUAGAUCAUUACUCUCUGUGAGCAGUUCGACAAUCCAUCAUCCCUCAGAUAAGGGACGACACACUCAGGAUGAUGAAGCGUUUUGGGGUCUAACUAAAACGUAGAACAGGUAGUUUCGCAAUCUCGGGAAGCGAAUUUGCAGUUGCAUAAAGCGAAGAAGGCUGCUGAUAACAGCCGUGCCACGAAAUGCAUCAUCUUCUUUGUGGUUGGAAUAUUGAUCGAAAUAUUCCUCUUGAUGCUCAAGUGGGGAUAGCACAACUGGUAGCCUGGCCGUUGGUUUCAGACGAGUUUCUAGAAGGCAUAAAACUUGGCUGAUUAUAGCGCUCAUUUACAUUUGACAUCAUGGAACAGAUGUUGCUGACGAAAGUUCCUGUUCACCUCCUUGCUGACGACAGAAGGCGAACAGGAAAAGACAACCACCCUCAACAACACCUCCCACACUCUCUCAUGCGGCAAGAAAACUCUCCUUUCAGCGACACGCUCUUCCAUUCAUCAUAUCAGAGGAACCACCCGAGGACCAUUGCAUUUCCGUGUCUUCAAAUUUCUAAAAUAACCCGCAAAAAUUGAUAUAGACGUUGAUAGAUGUGAUUUUUGUCUAAGACAGUUGGGAG